CAAAUAACUAUAGGAUAUAAGCAUUUAUUUACACUAAGCUACUGAUUAAAGGUGGUAUAAUUAGUUUAAUCAUACUUUGAUCUUUAAUCCAGUUAGAAAAGUUAAAAGGAUUAUUUGGAGAUUAAAAUAUAAAAAAGUAGCACGAUCAUAACAAAUCAUCUAAAAUAAAGUUGACAAACAUUGUAUAUGUGGCUGAUUGUUAUUUCAUGUUUAUUCUAAUCUUUUAUAUUGACCUAUUAAAAUAACGACUUUCCAUUAAUCAAAUAUUUGAGUAGGACAGUUUUGUUACUGUAGGGUAUUCGUUAUUAAUCCACCUUUUUAUUGGUGAAUUGUUCAAACAAAAAGCAACAUAAUAAAUCGUCGAGAAGCAGGUGGAAAUCAAUCGUAUAAUCAAUAUGCUGUGAUAUUUUGCGAGAGGGUAACUUUCAUAUCGCUAUUUAUGGAAUAAUGGAUGUGAGGGAGCUUACUGAGGAACAAAAGAGAGAAAUCAAGUCUGUGUAUGACUCACAGGUGAAAAAUGGUUGUCCAGGGCUCUCUCAGAAACAGACAAGAAGUGCUUUACUGAGACUUGGAAUCAAACCGGCAUCUUUUGACAUAGAAAAAUUCUGGUUCGAUUUGGACAAAACAGAGGAUAAUUAUCUGACAUUAGAAGAGUUUGAACGAUUGCGAUGUGAGAUCAACUCGGACCCCGAGGUGGUGUUACGAUGGGCGUUCAACAAGUUUGAUACAAAUAAUGACGGGACAAUAGACAAGGAUGAGCUGAAGAAGUUGCUGGCAACUGUUUAUGACGACUCAGAAGGAGAAUGGGUAGAUGAUGAAUUUGUAAAUGAUUGUUUAGUUCUGGCAGACGGUAACAAUGAUGGUGUUCUUCAAAUUGAAGAAUUUGUCGACAUGUUAAUACAAAGGACAACAGGGAAGAACUGAUUAAAGCAACAUAACAUUAUUAUUGUAUUAUUUUCAUUUGUGUCAUGUGCAAAUCUUUUAACAUAUAUAAAUAUUAAAAUCUUACAAAGAAACAGUUCUCAUAUUACACCUUUUUGUCUGUCUUUAAAG